UUUUAACAACAAUAUGUGAAAAAGUAGUAUAGUAAAAAUCUAUUUUAUUUGCUCUGCAACCCUUUGUCAAGAGCACGUCAGCUGAUACGUGAAAUACACACAAAACGUAAAUAAGUGCCAACUUAAUAAAUAUGAUGAAAUUGGGCGGCAUUAACGAAUUGUACUCUUUAUAUUGAAAGUUAUAAAAAUUGCAAGAUGUUUUUAAAACCGUAUAAAUUAAAAAGUAAUGCACCGCUAAAAGGAUCAGAUGUAAAAUUAAUUAAGCAACGUCUUGAGAAGUCCUUUUCAAAUUUAUCCGAUGAAAAGUUUCAAAUCCUAAUACCUCAGAAAUCCUGCAUAAGCAUACUUAAAUUGAUUACAUAUAAUGAUUUUCAAACAAAUGUUUACUGUGUUAAUAAAUUACCCAUGUUUUUCGAAACGGAAGACAAUGUUUUGGCACCAACUCUGUACGCGGUGUGGUUAGUUCCUGAUUUAUUGCCUUAUUUCACAACAUUUCCACAAGUAUUACCAAAACUGUCUAAUGGAGCUGAUCUCAUGUUGCCAGGUGUAAUAAAACAAGGAGUAGGUAUGAAUAUGUAUGGCCGUUACAAGAAAGGGCAAUUAGUAGCUGUUAACUUAACCUCAAAUAAGGCCGCUGUAGGUAUUGGUUUUUUAACACGUUCCAGUGACGACCUUUAUAUGUGUGGAGGGCAAGGCUCAGCUGUAAAAAUGUUGCAUAUCUUUGGAGAUAAACUUUGGGGUCACGAACCAUCUCUAACACAGCAGAUUCCCAAUCUGAAACCUUCGGAUUUAACAAAUGACGAUUUUCCGGAACUAGGAGCAAAUACUAAAAGAAAGGAGAAACCGCAAGAACAAAGCUCAAAAGAAAUGAAUGUGGAAACAGAAAGUGAUUCAAAUACACAGAAUUCUAAUAUGAAUGUAUCACAAAUAAUGAAUUUGAAACUAGAGUGCAAUAAUUCUGAAGUAGAUGCAAAUAAUACCGACGAUGAAAAGUCAACUCUGUUAACAGCGGAACAAAUACUUAAAAAUGCAUUUUUAGCUGCAUUAAAAAAUCAUGGAAAAACUCUACAACUACCAUUACUUACCAGUAACUUUUUCCGACUUUAUGUUGUACCAGAAGCUGAACAAAAUAUAGACAUCAAGAAAACUAAAUACAAAAAACUGUCAAAUUUCUUAAAUGAAAUGAUCGACCAAGGUUUUAUAGUGGUUCGAGAGGAAACCAAAGGAGUAGAUAAAAUAACUUUUAUCGAUUUAGAACAUCCUGAAUUGGUUAACUUUGUUACAGAUUUCAAAAAGCUUGCCAAUUCGACACAAGAAGAACAAAAUCAGCCACUUUUUCACUCGGAAUUAAAAGAAAUGUAUGUUGUGACAGAUGUCACAGCACCGUUUUUUACUAAAUUAAACUACAAACGUGGCGAAGGCAUUCCUGUUGCACAAGUAAAGAAAAUUGUCCGCGAAUAUGUGAACAAACAAAAUUUGACAGUAUCAGACCCAAUUACAAAGAGUUUUAGCCUAGAUGACACUUUACAACGAAUCUGUGAAUGUACUGAAGCUAAUUUAAAUAGGAUAUGUAUGGAGAUCAUAAAUAAAAUGGAGCAUUCCUAUCAGAUGUGUAGUUUGAAAGAUAUAAGUUCCAAUAAACCACUAAUACAAAUGUCCCUAGCGACAAGAUCGGGCAAUAAAAAAGUGACGCUUGUGAGCAAUUUGGAGUGCUAUGGAAUAAUUUUGCCAGAAUUUAUUAAGCUGUGUAAACAAGGUGCUGCAGCGAGCACAACAAUCAUCAAAUUACCAAAUCAAAAAAGAGAGCAAUUACAAAUACAAGGGAAUCAAGUGCGGUUUGUGUACACACUGCUCACCGAGACAUACAAAGUACCAGCGAAAUGCAUACUUGGAUUGGAGUUAGCAAAAGAUGGUAAAAAAUAUAAGAAAAAAUAAUCCAAUAAGUCACAUUAUCAUAGUGAAAUCUUUACUUGGUGUACAUUGCGUCUUCUAAAACCUAAACUCAAAGUCUGAUUAAAUCGAUAAAGCGCAGAAUAUAAAAAUCGUGACAUAAUUUAAUAUCACAUUUUGAAAUAAACAAGAGAUUAUUUUAGAUUUUUUU